CCUGCCGGUACCGGGGGUUUUGUUCUCUUGUUCCUCGGCGGCUUCUCUUCUCGCACCUCAGCCGUCAUAUAAUAUAUGACCGUGUCGCCUACCGUGUCGCCUGAAACUGGUUCCUGGACACCAACGGUCAGCCAUCUAUCCGCAUCACCAUGUCCAACAUCAAUGCCAUGGCGCUGGAGCCUACGGCUGAGGUCCCGGCUACCGAGACAUAUGACAUGGAGAAGCACCCCUCGGGUAUCCAGGAUGAUGCCCGUGAGAUCACCAGCGACACCAAGGUCGACGAGUCCGACGCAAACUCGGCACACAAGCAAGAUGGUGUCAAGCGGGUCGAGGCCAUCACCACAGUUUGGUCCAAGGACAUGCUCAUCGCCAUGUUUGUCCUACUCUACCUCGUCACCUUCGUCGACCAGAUGCUCCAGUCGGUUCAAGGCACGCUCGCACCGUACAUCACCUCGGCAUUCAACGAGCACGGCCUGUUGGCCACGACCAGCAUCGUCGCAAACAUUCUCGGCGGCGUGUCCGGACUCACCAUUGCCAAGAUGAUCGACAUCUGGGGCCGCUGCGAGGGUUUCCUGUUCAUGGUGCUGCUCAUCGCCAUCGGCAUCAUCAUGAAGGCGGCCUGCAAGUCCGUUGAGAUGUACGCCGCGGCGCAUACCCUCUACUGGGUCGGCCAUCUGGGCGUGCAAUAUGUCAUCACCAUUAUCCUCGCCGAUAUAACCACGCUCAAGAACCGGAUAAUCCUGUUCGGCCUCAACGCGACUCCUCUGAUUGCCACCACCUUUGCCGGCCCCAGGAUUGCCGAGCUCUUCUUCGACAAUGUCAACUUCCGCUGGGCCUUUGGAGCGUUCUUGAUCAUCCUCGUCGCCUUCUGCAUCCCCGUGGCCGUUGUUUUCAUCCUCAGCAAGCGCAAGGCUGUCAAGCAGGGCAUCUACCCCGCCAGGGUCAAGACUCGGAAUGCUUGGGAGUCUGUCAAGUAUUACUUUGUUCAGUUUGAUGUCAUCGGCAUGUGCCUCACCACCUUCGGAUGGUCCUUACUGCUUCUACCAUUUAGCUUGGUAUUUUACGCCCCCAACGGGUGGAAGACGGGAUACAUCAUCGCCAUGAUUGUACUUGGCGUCGUGUUCCUGGCUGCCUUUGCAGUUUGGGAGAAAUACUACUCACCCUUCCCGUACAUCCCCUUCAAGUUUCUCAAGGACCGGACUAUCUUGGGGGCCUGUCUGAUUUAUGGCAUUAUGUUUAUGUCCAUCUUCUGCUGGGAUACGUACUACUCGUCUUAUCUCCAGGUCGUGCACGAGGAGAGCAUCACCACCUCUGGUUACAUUCUGAACUCUUUCUCCCUCAUGUCAGCCUUCAUCGGCCCCUUCGUUGGCCUCGCCACCCGUUAUCUCGGCACGUUCAAGUGGCCCUCGAUCGCCGUCAUCCCGUUCGCCGUCCUCGGCACGGCUCUGCUGAUCCACUUCCGAACUCCCGAUUCCCACGUCGGCUACCUCGUCAUGUGUCAGCUCUUCAACGGCAUCUACAGUGGUGUCUGGUCUCUCACCGCGCAACUCGCCAUCAUGGCUUCGGUCACUCACCAGGAGAUCGCCGUCGCCCUCGCACUUUUCGGCCUCUUCGGCUCCAUCGGUGCCGCCAUCGGCAUGGCCGUUGCGGGCGCCCUGUGGACAAAUAUCUUCCCCGUCCAGCUGUACAACAGGCUGCCCGAGGAUAGCAAGAAUCUCACGGCGCUGAUCUACGGAGACAUCGAGAUGCAGAAAGGAUACCCAAUGGGAAGUCCCAUUCGCGACGCCAUUAUUGGGGCGUACGCUGACGUGCAGCGGAAGAUGGUCAUUACCGGCGUGGCCUUCAUCCCUCUUUGCGUGGUUUGUUUGUUCAUGUGGAGGAACAUCAACGUCAAGAAGCUGGAGGAGACGAAGGGAAGGCAGACCAAGGGCAACGUGUUCUAGAUGUCAUUUUCGAGUAACGCUUCUGGCCAUACGAGGCCCUGGAUGGUUGCAUAGACGUAUUAAAUUCCAUUAC